AUGGGGUGCUUUUGCUCUCGUCCGACCAUUUACAAGUCUAUUCGAGGAUUCGAACCGGGCUUUGAAAUGAAACAUUCCGAUUCUUUAUGUUUGACACCGGAAAAAAGCCCACCGUCGAUCUGCUCGUCAACAAGUUGGUUAGGGUCCUACACAAGCACGAAACACGAUCUCAAAGAUGGCCAUAACAAAAAGAUCGAUGUCGCCUGUUUGAACACUGGUUAUAAAGCGAAAUCUUCGCUGGACGGACCUGCACAAAAUAAAGGUCGGCGAAAUAAAACCGAGAUAACAAGAAGGCCUCUCCCAGUUGGUGCCAUACUAACGAGUUAUGCUACACAAAUGGUUUCCCUGAACGAACAUAUCGCAACGAACGCCGCUCCAAAGAGCGACCUCCUAAAGAACGAUUGUCCUGAGACCGCCACCCCAGAGACCAUUAGCGCAAAGAACAUCAUUCCAAGUGGUGCUAUCCGAGAGAGUAUCACUACAGAUAGCGCCGUCCACGGGAAAGUUAUACCAACGAAUGCUACUUCAGAGAAUGCGAUCCUAGCAACGGUCACUUCAAAAUGCGCCAGACCAGAGAAUGAUAUCGCGGGGAGACAUAUCACUAAAAGCGCAACCUCCGAGAGUAAUUCCGAACCUCCACGUAUUCCAACUAUAACGUUAACCAAAGAAAUAUCAUCGUCGUUUAUCCCGUCAUCUCCCACACAAUCAUUUCACACUCCAUUGUCGUCUCCUUCGUCGUCUAUUUAUUUUUCUCCAGUGAACUCUACUCUUGCCUACUCUUCGCCUGUCAAAAUUUGUCCUACCUACUCGUCUUCUGGCCCCUUAUCGCGCACCAGUUCAGCGCCAGCUCUUUUCUCUAACUCUUUGCCUUUAGCCGCCGCAACUUUUCCCGCAAAAUUCAAAUUCUGGGGCCCUCUCGGGGACCCGAUGCUCUACGAACCCAUGGAAACAGGACGACGUAAAGACACUGUCACAGAAUUUCCAAGUCCGGAUGAGGCUAUUUGGACCCCAGCCCAUGGCGACAAAGUCGAGCAGUAUCGAAAAUUCUACAGGUUGAACAAUAAUGUUUACAAAGACUUGGCCGCCUACUAUAGGGCGUUUUUGGAGAACUACAGGAAACUGAAGGAAGUUCCAACGAGAAUGGGAGGGUGUAUAGCUUUCUUCAAGGACCACAUUCUGAUAAUCUGUCUAUGGAUUCGCGUGGCCGAAAUAGAAGGAGUGCUGAACGGGAGAAAAUGCGUUGAUAAUGCAUGGAAAACGAAAACUACCUUGCGAAGUAUAACUGAGAAAUCCGAGGUUGACGGAUUAAACGAACUGGUCGAUCAACUGAUCGAGUGUGUGCGGUCAGGCCUACUCAUACAAGAGACACUGCUUUGGGUUAACAUCGCGGUGAAAUCUCUUCAACGCCUGGGGAUGGAUGAAAAGGCAGAUGGGUUAUCCAGAGCAAUCCGGUGUAUACCAGGGUUUCAGCUAAAAUACUACUACUCCUGUUGGCAAAACCAGCGCGCAAUCGAAACGGUGGGGGAAGUGGCGUCAGAGUGGAAAAGGGGAAGUUCUUGCACUCUUGGAAAAAGAAGGUCGGUGGCAGUUUCAAUUCUCGAAUAG